UCGCGGCUGGUCGCCGUCUCCAAGAUGGCCGCGGCGCGAACGGCUUCUGCAGCGGGGUAGAGGCGGAGGCGGAGCCGAGUCACUCCGCAGAUUGGGGCGCCGGUUCCCCGAGCCCGGCUGCAGCUCAGUGCCCUCCACUGCCAUGCGGGGCUGCGUGCACGGAUGAGAGAAGCAGCCGCCGCCGAGCUGGUCCCCCCUCCCGCCUUCGCCGUCACCCCUGCCGCCGCCAUGGAGGAGCCGCCGCCGCCACCGCUGCCGCCGCCGGAACCGGAGCCUGAAUCCGAACCUGAGCGCUGCCUGGCGGCGAGGCAAGAAUACGAGUCGGGAGACACAGGUUGUAAGAAUUCUGAAUCUGACCUAGAGGAUUUUUCAGAUGAAAUAAAUGCAGAAAAUCUGUAUGGCACCUCUCCCCCCAGCACACCUCGGCAGAUGAAACGGAUGUCAGCCAAACACCAGAGGAAUAAUGCUGGGAGGCCUGCCAGCAGGGCAAAUUUGAAAGAAAAAAUGAAUGCACCAAAUCAGUCUCCACACAAAGACACUGGAAAAACAGUGGAGAACGUCGAAGAAUACAGCUAUAAGCAGGAGAAAAAGAUCCGAGCAACUCUUCGAACAACAGAGCGUGAUCAUAAAAAAAACGUACAGUGCUCGUUCAUGUUAGACUCAGUGGGUGGGUCAUUGCCGAAAAAAUCAAUUCCAGAUGUGGAUCUCCAUAAGCCUUACCUCAGCCUCGGCUGCAGCAAUGCUAAGCUCCCGGUGUCUAUGCCCAUGCCUAUAGCCAGAACUGCACGCCAGACCUCUAGGACCGACUGUCCAGCAGAUAGAUUAAAGUUUUUUGAAACAUUACGACUUCUUCUAAAGCUUACCUCAGUCUCAAAGAAGAAGGACAGGGAGCAAAGAGGACAAGAAAAUACUGCUUUCUGGUUUAACCGAUCUAACGAACUGAUCUGGCUGGAGCUCCAAGCCUGGCAUGCAGGGCGGACCAUUAAUGACCAGGACCUCUUUUUAUACACAGCCCGUCAAGCCAUCCCUGACAUCAUCAAUGAAAUCCUUACUUUCAAAGUUAACUAUGGGAGCUUUGCCUCUGUUAGAAAUGGAGCUAGUUUUAAUGGUACUUCACUAGAAGGGCAGUGCAAUGCCCCCCAUGAAACAAAGACUGUGGGUUACUCAACGUAUCACGAGCAUCUCCAACGCCAGAGGGUCUCAUUUGAGCAGGUAAAGCGGAUAAUGGAGCUGCUAGAGUACAUAGAGGCACUUUAUCCAUCGUUGCAGGCCCUUCAAAAGGACUACGAGAAAUAUGCUGCAAAGGACUUCCAGGACAGGGUGCAGGCACUCUGUUUGUGGUUAAACAUCACAAAAGACUUAAAUCAGAAAUUAAGGAUUAUGGGCACCGUUUUGGGCAUCAAGAAUUUGUCAGACAUUGGCUGGCCAGUGUUUGAAAUCCCUUCUCCUCGACCAUCCAAAGGCAAUGAAGCAGAGGAUGAGGGAGAUGACCCAGAAGGAGACUUGGAAGAGCUGGAAAGCAGUGCAGAUGAGAGUGAAGGAGAACACACCCCUGGUCGGACGGGGCAGGAGAUCAGACAGCCCCCAGAGAACAGUGUCGACAUCCAGCCCCAGGACUGUGUGCCAAAGAAGCUUGAACGGCUCGAGUCUGAAGAGGACUCAGCUGGUUGGGGAGCCCCAGACGGCAGUACGGAAGUGGGCUUCAGCAGACACUGUCGGACUUCUAUCUAUAGACCGUUUGUAGACAAAGCCCUGAAGCAGAUGGGCUUACGAAAGUUAAUUCUAAGACUUCACAAGCUGAUGGACGGCUCCUUGCAAAGGGCGCGGAUAGCGUUGGUAAAGAGCGAUCAUCCCAUGGAGUUUUCAGAGUUUCCGGAUCCCAUGUGGGGCUCGGAUUACGUGCAGUUGUCCAGCACACCCCCUUCCUCUGAGCAGAAGUGCAGCGCCGUCUCCUGGGAGGAGCUGAACUCCAUGGACUUGCCCUCAUUCGAACCUGCCUUCUCAGUCCUCUGCCGUGUCCUCCUCAAUGUGAUACAUGAGUGUCUGAAGUUACGACUGGAGCAGCGGCCUGCCGGAGAGCCAUCCCUCCUGAGCAUUAAGCAGCUGGUGAGGGAGUGUAAGGAGGUCCUGAAGGGCGGCCUUCUGAUGAAGCAGUACUACCAGUUCAUGCUGCACGAGCUCCUGGACGGCCUGGAGCAGACAGACCGCAACAUGGAUGCCUUCGAGGAGGAUCUGCAUAAAAUGCUGAUGGUAUAUUUUGAUUACAUGAGAAGCUGGAUCCAAAUGCUACAGCAGUUACCUCAAGCUUCCCAUAGUUUAAAAAAUCUGUUAGAAGAAGAAUGGAAUUUCACCAAAGAAAUAACUCAUUACAUACGGGGAGGAGAAGCACAGGCCGGGAAGCUUUUCUGUGACAUUGCAGGAAUGCUGUUGAAGUCAACAGGCAGCUUUUUGGGAUCUGGCUUACAGGAGAGCUGUGCUGACGACAGCAGUGCUGCAGAGGAAAUCAGGCGAUCUGUCAUAGAGAUUAGCCGAGCCCUGAAGGAACUCUUCCACGAAGCCAGAGAAAGGGCCUCCAAGGCGCUUGGAUUUGCUAAAAUGUUAAGAAAGGACCUGGAAAUAGCAGCAGAAUUCAUGCUUUCGGCCCCUGUUAGAGACCUGCUGGAUGUUCUGAAAUCAAAGCAGUAUGUUAAGAUACAAAUCCCUGGGCUAGAAAACUUGCAGGUAUUUGUUCCAGACAGUCUUGCUGAGGAGAAGAGCAUUAUCUUGCAGUUACUCAAUGCAGCUGCAGGAAAGGACUGUUCCAAAGACUCAGAGGACAUAGUGAUUGACGCCCAUCUGCUGCUGACCAAGCGCAGCGAUCCUGACCAGGGCUCAGAUGAUGGCUGGGGCACGUGGCAAGAACCGCCUGUGAAAGUUGUGCCUCAGGCGGAGACUGUUGAUACACUGAGGAAUGUGCAGGUGGAUAAUGUCUUACUAGUUGUCAUGCAGUCUGGCCAUCUGACGAUCCAGAGGAAAGCCUUCCAGCAGUCCAUCGACGGACUCAUGACUCUCCGCCAGGAGCAGACGUCCAGCCAACCAGUCAUUGCCAAAGCUUUGCAGCAGCUGAAGAAUGAUGCAUUGGAGCUAUGCAACAGAAUAAGUGAUGCCAUUGACCAAGUGGACCGCAUGUUCAUAUCCGAGUUUGAUGCCGAAGUCGACGAGUCUGAGUCUGUCACGUUGCAGCAGUACUACCGGGAAGCAAUGAUUCAGGGGUACAACUUUGGCUUUGAGUAUCAUAAAGAAGUUGUUCGCUUGAUGUCUGGAGAGUUUAGACAGAAGAUAGGAGACAAAUAUAUAAGCUUUGCCCGGAAAUGGAUGAAUUACGUCCUGACUAAAUGUGAGAGUGGUCGAGGUACAAGACCCAGGUGGGCAACUCAAGGAUUUGAUUUUCUACAAGCCAUUGAACCUGCCUUUAUUUCAGCUUUACCAGAAGAUGACUUUUUGAAUCUACAAGCCUUGAUGAACGAAUGCAUUGGCCAUGUCAUAGGAAAGCCGCACAGUCCUGUUACAGGUUUGUACCUUGCUCUCCAUCGGAACAGUCCCCGUCCUGUGAAGGUGCCUCGAUGCCACAGUGACCCUCCUAACCCCCACCUCAUUAUCCCCACUCCAGAGGGGUUCAGCACUCGGAGCGUGCCUUCGGAUGCGCGGAGCCACGGCAGCCCUGCUGCUGCUGCUACUGCUACCGCCACCGCCGGGCGCCCCAGCCCCUCUGGCAGCGACUCUGCGCCACCCAAACUCACCAGCAGUGCCCCUGAGACCAGGGGUUCCAGCGUCCCAGAGAACGAUCGACUGGCCUCCAUAGCUGCUGAGCUGCAGUUCAGGUCCCUGAGUCGGCACUCCAGCCCCACCGAGGAGCGUGAUGAACCCGCAUAUCCGAAAGGUGAUUCAAGUGCAUCAGCGCGAAGAAGCUGGGAGCUGCGGACCCUCAUCAGCCAGACGAAGGAUACUGCUUCUAAGCAAGGACCCAUUGAAGCUAUUCAGAAGUCAGUUCGAUUGUUUGAAGAAAAGCGGUAUCGAGAAAUGAGGAGAAAGAAUAUCAUUGGUCAAGUUUGUGACACCCCCAAGUCCUAUGAUAACGUCAUGCAUGUUGGCUUGAGGAAGGUCACCUUCAAAUGGCAGAGAGGAAACAAAAUUGGGGAAGGGCAGUACGGGAAGGUCUAUACUUGCAUCAGCGUUGACACUGGUGAACUGAUGGCUAUGAAGGAGAUCCGAUUUCAGCCCAACGACCACAAAACCAUCAAGGAAACUGCAGACGAACUGAAAAUAUUUGAAGGCAUCAAGCAUCCCAAUCUGGUUCGGUAUUUUGGUGUGGAGCUUCACAGAGAAGAAAUGUACAUCUUUAUGGAGUACUGUGACGAGGGCACGCUGGAGGAGGUGUCACGGCUGGGCCUUCAGGAACACGUCAUCAGGCUGUACUCAAAGCAGAUCACCAUCGCAAUCAACGUUCUCCACGAGCAUGGCAUAGUUCAUCGUGACAUCAAAGGUGCCAAUAUCUUCCUUACCUCAUCUGGACUCAUCAAACUGGGAGAUUUCGGGUGCUCAGUGAAGCUCAAGAACAACGCACAGACCAUGCCUGGCGAAGUGAAUAGCACACUGGGGACAGCAGCUUACAUGGCUCCCGAAGUCAUCACCCGAGCUAAAGGGGAAGGACACGGACGUGCUGCUGAUAUCUGGAGUCUGGGCUGUGUCGUCAUAGAAAUGGUCACCGGGAAGAGGCCUUGGCAUGAGUAUGAACACAACUUUCAAAUUAUGUAUAAAGUGGGAAUGGGACAUAAGCCACCAAUCCCUGAAAAAUUAAGCCCUGAAGGAAAGGACUUCCUUUCUCACUGCCUUGAAAGUGACCCAAAGAUGAGAUGGACGGCCAGCCAGCUCCUCGACCACUCGUUUGUCAAGGUUUGCACAGAUGAAGAAUGAAGCUAAUCAGUGUGUGGCCUGGUAGUGUAUGUACUCGGAAAAUUCUCUUAAUCACUACUGUAUGUAAUAUUUACAUAAAGACUGUUCUGAGAAGCAGCAUAAGCCUUUUUAACCUUCCAAGACUGAAGACUGCACAGGUGACACGCGUCCCUUCUCCUGCUGCUCCUGUUUGUUUUCCUUGGCACGGGGCCCUCCUGUGCGAGGGUGUCUUCGAGGUUGAAGAAGCUGCAUGUUAAGUGCCAUUACUACUGUACACGGACCAUCGCCUUGUCCUCGGUUUCUCGUGUGACGAGAACUGUACCAUCAUUGUAGUAUUUUUGACCUUCUUAGGUUCAAAAGACGUCGUAGUGUUAUCAGGUGUUCCGGACCUUGUUUUUUAAUGUUUGUCGAGUGCACUGACUGUGAUACCUUCCCUUGUUGUUGUUGGCAAGCUUCAGAUUUGUUAUUCGAAAGGCCGAUUCAUGAAAUUUAAGAAAAAGGUUCUUUUUUCAAUAAAUGGUUUAUUUUAGGAAAGCUGGGUGAUAGUGUCUUUCAAUGGUUGUCAGCUUAUAAGCCAACACACCAGAUCGUGUGGCGGUCUGUCAUGGUCAGUCAUAUCCUCCUCAACAGAGGAGCCCAAGGACUUGUGCUCACAGCAGGCACUGGACGCGGGCGCCUCAGCCGCAGGCUCCUCAAGGAGGGAAGGAGGAGAUGACGCAGCACUGGUGAUAUAAGGUACCUCUUUAGUUCUCUUACGUUAACCAGCACAGCCUAGCAGACAAAAGUUAGGCCUUGCUGUCACAUAUUGCAGCUCAGUUUAUUUUUAAGCCCCAAUGGAUAGGUGCUAGGUAAAUAUAAGUGCUGCCGCGUUGAUAAGAAAGCAUCUUUUUCAGAAUGUAAACAUUUUAGCACAUAGCCUUCUAAAUAGUCCAAAUGCUACGUUAUUGGUAUUCCUUUGUUUUUGUUUAUUUAGUGUUUGCUAUUUUUUAUUAGGUUUUUCUAACGAUUGACAUCAAGGCUUCCUGAAGUCUUAUUAGAAGACUACUGCCUCACUCCUUACACACAGCAGCCGACGGUGGGCAAGUCAUUUCUCAAGCAGGUUUCUGUUCACCUUCCCUCCAGUGCAGUGGACCGUGCACCCAAGAAAUCAGUGUUCAGGGAAUGUGGGUGUCACAGUAGGGCUAUUAGGAACACCUAGAAUUUUUUCAAGAUUUUUAACAACUUUUUGAGAUAUAAUUUACAUACUUUAAUUGUAUAGUUUAAUGACUUUCAGUGUGUUUAUGGAGUUGUGCAACCACCACCACACACAAACUGGAAGAUCCCGUCACCCUAAAAAGAAACCUCACGUCCAUCUUCAGUCACCUCCCAUUCCUACCCUCCACCUUAGGCAAUCGCUAAACUCUCUGUGUCUGUAAGCUGGCCUCUUCUAGA